AUGCUGCUUUGUCGGUGGAUAGCGCCUGCGCUGGUCCUUGCGGCCUCUGCCCUCGGCGCCGACGUCAAUGACACGAGCCUCAACGCGACGCAGGUCGUCUCGCCCGCGGCUGCCUGCCCGCUCCUCCUCUGCGAUCCGAUCGCAUCGUCGCCAGCAGCGUGCGUCGUCGCAGCGCCCAUCACGUUCGAGUGCUACGACGCGCCGCUGCUGUGCAACUGGGAGUCGCCGCGCGACGUGGUGCUGAACGCGGCCAUCUCGAUGACGUCCAACAGCACGACGUGCGACGUCGAGGUCGUCUGGCGCAUCGCUGGGAGCGCCCACUUUACCGAGAACGCGUCGAUCGCGGUCACGACGCUCAAUCUCUUUGCAGACGACUUUCACAUGUCUAGCGAUGGCAUCCUCUUCGCCGAGCACAAGAUGACCAUAUCGGUCGAGAAACAGCUGCGCAUCGACCAAGACGCGUCGCUUGUCGCUGGUGGCGAAGAACCUGGCAAGUCGGGCGGGCACGUCAACAUGUCGGCGUCGUCGCUCAUCUUGCACGGAUCCAUCAAGGCGUCGGGCGGUGACGGGCAGUGCGUCGACGGCGUUUGCUUGGCCGGUGGUUCUGGUGGCCAGGUCACGCUCAUUUACAACUCCAUCGCGGAGGAAAUUGGCCACAUUUACGUCUCGGGCGGCGCGAAUCCCCUCACGCUCUCGUCGCAAGUCGCGUCGUACAGCGGCAGCCGCGACGACCUCGACGACUCGAUCGUGCUGCCCGUGUGCCUCACGGGCGCGGCCGGGCGCCUCUUGCGCAUCCACACGUCGACCAACGGCACGCGUGACGGCGUCCUCCUCAUCUCGAACGCGUUCAACUCGAUGGACUACUUUGGCGACCUCUUGCCGCUGAGCAAGGUGCGCUGCGCGGUGACGCCACUGACUCUAGCCGAGAUUGACCCGAGUGUCAAGUCGGUGACGCUCGAGGCCGAGGCGCUCGUGCACUUCGAAGACAGCGCGUCGUGGGGGCUGCACGGCGACUCGGAGCUCAUCCUCGAAGACGCGACGCUGGUCGUCAAGUCGAACGCGAUCCUCUCGGUGCUCGUCAAGCAGCUCGUGGUCCGGGGCACGUCGACGUUUGUGGCGCCGCACGGCUUGCACGUUUCGGCGGCGAUCGUGUCGAUCGACUUUGGCGCCCAAAUGCACCUCGGGUACUCUGCCACGUCGACGAUCCUCGCCUCGGACGGCAUCCACAUUGACGGCAACAUUACGAGCAACGUGGCGGCGGCCGUGUGGACCAACACGGACCCGACGGGGCAGCUCAUUCUCGAGAGCAAGCGAGACCUCGUCAUCUCGGGGUACGUGUCGAUGCCGACGGUGUACGCGGCGGCCGACGCGGCGCUCAUCGUGUCGGGCGAGCUCGAGUCGCGCAAGCGCAUGAACAAGACGGACCCCGUCGAGUAUCAGCUCUGCUCGAGCAUGCACUCGGCGGCCAGCAUUUUGAGCAACUAUACGAUCUCACUCUUUAGCGGCGGUCCGAUUGUCCUCGGCGCAGAAGCCAAGCCUGGCGCACUCACUGGCGCCGCCUUGCUUCUCUGCACCGACCACGCCGUCACGGUCGGCUCCAACUUUCGCUUGUCGUCGAGCGGAUUUGGGUACCCGGCCAACCACGGGUACGGCCACGGCGACUGCUCCCACGCGCUCGGGUCGGGCGGUGGCUACGGCGGCAACGGAGCCGACUCGUUUGUGACGCGGCGCCGGCAGUCGAAGCCAAUUUCCAUGGCCAUCGGCGGCCUUUCGUACGGCACCCGCCCGAGCACGGGUCUUCUAGGGUCGGGCGGCGGCUGCGACGGCGGCGGUGCGGGUGGUGGUGUCAUUGUCCUCGGCGCCCACCAUCUCAACUUGAACGGCACGAUUGCCGCCGACGGUAUGAGCGGCAACAACGGUGCCGGUGGCGGCUCGGGGGGCUUUGUCAGUCUUGUCGUACCCAACGGACUCAGCGGACACGGGUCGCUGUCCGCCUCGGGCGGUAACGCGUCCUGCGCAGACGAGCGCUUGACGGUCAACACGUCGCAGACGCUCUGCGGCGGUGGCGGCGGCGGCGGCCGACUGCGUCUCCAAGGCUGCACCGACUUUACAGAGUGCGCCAACGAGUUUUCUGGCGAGUACCACGUGCAGGGCGGUAGCAGCGACACGAAGCUACCGGCACCGAUCGGGAGCAUUGGGACGUACUUUGGUUUUCCGUGUCCACCGGGGUACGGCGGCCUCCUGUGCCGCGCCUGCCCUAUCGGAACGUUCAAGGAAGAACGUGGCAGCGACGAGUGCAUCCCGUGCCGCAACGCGCCGCCCGACUCGCAUUACACCCUGACGGGCGAAACCUCGACCGAGUGCACGUGGUCGUGCGACCCGGGGUACACGGGGUUGCACUGCCUCUCGCCCCUCGAAGACUUUUUCGAGAUGUUUGGCGGUAAGCUCGUCGUCGGCGUCAUUGCGCUUCUGCUCCUCUUGAUCAUCGUCGCCGUCGGCUACAUCUUCAAGCGGGACCCGUACGUCAAGUACCGCACCGGUGGCGAGACGGACCAUCUGCUCGUGAUUCCGCCGGCCAAGCGUCCGUGGUACUCGCUGCGCUGCUGCCGCAUCGGCCACUGGAUCUGGCCGCGCGUCGGGUACCCCAAGCUCCAGGAGCGCGACUUGAAGGACCACAUUGCGCGACUGUACUUUUCGGGCAACAACACGCAGGAGGCGCCGCUGCUGCUGCGGACGACCGUCCCGUCGAUGCUGGAACCGGUGCUCAAUAAGGAGGCGUUUGCGGCGCUCGCCGUGCAGAUCAACAAGACGCUGGCCUUCUCCACGAGCGGCAGCAUCCUCUACACGCUCGUGCGCUGGCUCUGCUACCCGUUCGCGUCCGACGUCCUUCUCUACCGCCGGCACAAAAAGUUCAAUGCGCUCAAGCGGCUCUUGGCCAAGUACGACCACGCGUGCAUGCAGGGUCCUCGGGCCCGCGCGCUCCUCAACGCGGUCAAGGUCGGCUACAGCCACGACUACUCGCUCGCGUACCUCGAGCUCCUCCACAAGGAGUACAGCAGCUCGUCGUGCGUGCCCAAGUCGGGGUGGCUCGUCGGGAAGCCCCGUCUGCCACUCGUGCUGCUCUUUGCCGGCCUCGGCAGCUACGAGUCGCCGCUGUGCUUGGACCCGAACGACCUCCUCGUGCGGUCGCUGCCGCAAGCGCCAGAGCUCGACGCGUUCAUCGACGACCAGUGGAUCGAAGUUGUCGCCGAACUCAACGCGCUGUUGCGGAUCGUCGACACGAGCGACGACGCCGAGUGCGCUCUGCGUCUCCAGGCCGUCGCCGACUUUUGCCACGACCAAGGCAUCAAGCGGUCCCUCGGGGGUCUCCAGAUGGCCCUUGGCCGGUUCUACCCCCACGGCGACGCCAAGCUCGGCUUCCAAUGGGGUCUCUUUCUGACUACGACCAAGUACGAAGCCGCCAAGUAUGCGUCGGCCAACGACCAGAUGAAGACGCAGCAGGCGCGGCGGCACGACUACUCGGCGCUGCCCAGCAUUCGCGAAGCGGCGCUCUCAAGUCCACGGACGCUGGCGCAGGCCGCUGCGUUGACGGCGCCAACCACUCUGUAUGGCAACACGAGCAGUGGUACCAACUCGACGAGCUCCACCAUGCCGCUUGGCAGCAGUAGCGCUGGUGGCAGUCCCGCAGUGCGCGUCGCCGAUUACGUCGGCGCAAUCGACGAGUCGCUCCCGAUCCCAGGAGUCAUAAUGAGCAGCGCCGACUUUCAGCAGCACGCGAUGCACGUCAUGGAGAAGGAGACGACGUCGCUCCGGCACCGGCUCUGGGCGCGCGUCAAGCCCGCGAACGUGGCCAAGCCGCCCGACACGUCGUUCCACGGCUGGGGCGUGUUUGUCUCACUCAUUGUGCUCGUCGUCGCGGACCUCGUCACGACGAUGGGCAUGCUCGUGAACCUCAAGUGCGUCGAGAACGGAACCGAGGUCCCAGCGUGCACGAAAUCGGUGGUCUAUCCCGUCUUGCUGGUCUACCCGCUCGCGAUUCUGAUUGCGCCCGUGACUGGCAUCAUCUCGCUGGCCAUGGGGUCGGCGCCCUUUGCGCGCAAGUACGCGCUCUGGAACUCGUGCUCGCUCCUCAACGUGCUCGUGGCCAUCGUCAUCUGCUAUGUCAAAUCCGACAAGCUCGUGGCGCUGUACGUGACGCGCCCGCUGCCGCUUCUGCCCGUGACGCUGCUGCUGCUCAAGGCCGGCGAGGCGAUCGUGGUCAACAUUUACAUUGCCGACAUGGAGUCGAACCGGCGUCGGCGCGGGUGGCGCGGCCUCAUGAAGCGGCGCGACUCGGACACGUCGUCGCCGCCGGAUUCGCCCUACAACUCGCCGGUGCAGAACCGACCGGAUGCGCUCUUGUUCAUGCCGACGUUCAAGGAGCCGAGUAGCGACGCCAAGGCACGGUAUGGGUCGACACACCACCAUUUCGGUAGCAUUUAGCUUGUCGCCUGUUAAGCAAUGCACAAUAUGCAACUCGAAAGACGGAAGGCAG